UCCCUCCCUCCUUCCUUCCUUCCCCGCCACUGCGCAGCGCGAGUGCGGCGACAGCCAGUCACACACUCACACUCCCUCGACCGCUCUCGGCCCCGUCCGCGUCGCCGCAGGGCGAGGAGGCAAUGGCGGCGGGCGGGAAUGGCGCCGGCGGGGACACCAGGGCGGCCUUCGCGCGGAUCUACAAGACGCUCAAGGAGGAGCUGCUCACCGACCCGGCCUUCGAGUUCACCGAGGAGUCACGCCAGUGGAUCGACCGCAUGGUUGACUACAAUGUACUCGGAGGCAAGUGUAACCGUGGGCUCUCUGUGGUCGACAGCUACAAGCUGCUCAAGGGCGCUGAUGCUCUGGGCGAGGAGGAAACGUUCCUUGCUUGCACCCUCGGCUGGUGCAUUGAAUGGCUUCAGGCUUUCUUUCUUGUGCUUGAUGAUAUCAUGGAUGACUCUCACACUCGUCGCGGCCAGCCUUGCUGGUUCAGGGUGCCUCAGGUUGGCUUAAUUGCUGCGAAUGACGGGAUCAUCCUUCGCAACCAUAUCUCACGGAUCCUUCGGCGCCACUUUAAGGGCAAACCUUACUAUGCUGAUCUCCUUGAUUUGUUCAAUGAGGUUGAGUUCAAGACAGCUUCAGGUCAGCUGCUGGACCUUAUCACUACCCAUGAGGGAGAAAAAGAUCUAACAAAGUAUAACAUAACAGUUCACGGUCGAAUUGUUCAAUACAAGACAGCCUAUUAUUCAUUUUAUCUGCCGGUUGCAUGUGCCCUGCUGCUCUCUGGCGAGAAUUUGGACAAUUAUGGUGAUGUAGAGAACAUCCUUGUUGAAAUGGGAACAUACUUUCAAGUCCAGGAUGACUAUCUGGAUUGUUAUGGUGAUCCUGAAUUUAUCGGCAAGAUUGGAACGGACAUUGAAGAUUACAAGUGCUCAUGGCUAGUUGUGCAAGCCCUUGAGCGUGCUGAUGAGAGCCAAAAGCGCAUUCUAUUUGAAAAUUAUGGCAAGAAAGAUCCAGCCUGUGUGGCAAAAGUGAAGAACCUCUACAAAGAACUUGACCUAGAGGCGGUAUUUCAGGAGUACGAGAAUGAGAGCUACAAGAAGCUGAUUGCAGACAUUGAAGCCCAGCCAAGCAUUGCGGUUCAGAAAGUGCUGAAAUCCUUCUUGCACAAGAUCUACAAGAGGCAGAAGUAGGGUGCUCUUGGAUAAACGAGCUCAGGAGUCGUUACUCCUUCGCAUGCUUGACAUAACCGGACUUCCUCACCUGGUUGCUCUAGUAUGAUGUGGAGCGUCUAGUUAAAAAAAAUCGAUGUAGUAUGAAGCACCUUGCUGCUCUGAAUAUUAACAGGCAAUUAAGGCAAGGUGCUGUUUCGGUUUGGUGGACCGCAUGUUGCAGAUAAUAAAUUAGUUGUUUUGUC